GAGCUCAAGUUCCAACAUCCAUGGUUUGCGGUAGCAACGGGGGAAAUAAGCAUCAUCUUCCGACGGCAAUCCUUUUCUUCAAGAUUAUUCUUAAAACAAGUCUUCAAGAUGGAAAGCUUAAGAUCCCAAAAAAUUUCAUUAGGAAUUAUGAUGGUGACAUGUCAAACCCAAUGUUUCUCAAGCCUCCAGAUGGCACUAAAUGGGAAGUAUUUUGGACCAAACAUGAUGGUGAUAUUUGGCUUCAAAGGGGUUGGAAAGAAUUUGCUACAUAUUACUCCCUAGAUCAUGGGCAUAUGGUUUUGUUUGAAUACAAGCAAACUUGUCAUUUUGAGGUACACAUAUUUGACAAGAGUACCCUUGAAAUACAAUAUCCUUUCCAUGGCACUCAAGAUGAACAGCCCAACCUCAACGAGGUUAGUGAUGACUCAGUUGAAAUUUCGAAUGAGUUACUACCGUGCAAUAAGACUAGACAGAAAUCACCAAUAUCUUCUCCUCAACCACGUAAGAAAUCUAGAACUGGCACAAGUAGAGAUGUUAAGAGAAGAUCCACUGAGCAAAACUUGCCUCAGCAUAUCCAAAUCGAAGGCACAAACUUCGAGAAUUCCAAAUUUGGAUCUGUAAAGAAAGAACCUGAUGAGUAUAUGGGUGGUACCAUUGAACAGGACAACCUUGACCAGAUUCAUGAUAACUCAGUCAAAAUUACGGAUGAGCUACCACCAUGCCAUACGGCUAGACAGAAAGCACCGAUAUCUUGUCCUCAACCAUGUAAAAUAUUAAGAACUGGCACUAGUGGAGAUGUUGAAAGAAGAUCCACUUUGCCAAAGUUGCCUCAGCAUGUCCAAAUUAAGGAGGAAAUGGAUGGUACCACUGAAUGCCUAAAAGUGGAGCAGUCAACUUCUAAAAGUACUGAAGCUUUAAAGAAAACCACAACCAUCAGAUCUAAAAACCCCUCUUUCAGGAUUGUCAUGAAGCCUUCCUAUGUUGUUCGACAUCGCUUGGUGAGCUUUUGA